UUAAGCCCAUUUAGUGCCGAGUAUAGGACUGAGUCGUCUUAUCAGUUUGGGACAGGUAACUUUCAUUCAGAAAAGUACAUUUAGAAUGGCGACGGAAUACUAUUCCAUCGCACUGAUUGCCUUGUCUUUGAAUAUCCUGCAACCAGUGAUCGGAGAUUGCAGGGAUGGAUGGACAAAAUUCCAGGGAAGUUGUUACUUGUUUGCCAGUGAGCAAGCCAAUUGGCCGGAAGCUCAGGCCGUCUGCUCAAGUAUGAAUUCCCAUUUGGUCGAAAUAGAAACCCAGACAGAAAAUGCUUUCGUUGAAGGAGAACUAAAGAUCAUACAUAACCAUGAUUCACAUUCCAAUAAUCAGAACGAUGUAUCUUACUGGUUGGGCGGAAAUGACAUAGAAAUUGAGGGAGUGUUUAAAUGGGUCAGAUCCGACCAACCACUGACGUACACGGACUGGAGCCCGGGCCAGCCUGAUGACGCCAAUGGCGAGGACUGUAUGGAACUGAGGGGCGCGUUCCAGUACCACUGGAAUGACCUCCCCUGUAACAUUCCCCACCACUUCAUUUGCGAAACACAAGUGUCUGAAGGAGUCAAUAUCAUAGGAAAGUGAAAAGAAUGGCGUCUGAAGGAGUCAAUGUCAUAGGAAAGUGAAAAGAAUGGCAAAAAUAUGGUUAAUUUUUGUAAAAUGGUUUAUACAUUAUAAUAAAAUAAAUGUUUCCAUUGA